GAGGUCCCCGCGCGCCGUCCUCCGCGUCCUCCAGGCUGCCCGCGUUCGGCCGGAGUCCGCUCGCCGCCGUCGCCAUGCUGCCCGCCGCGGUCCUCCGCCGUCCCGGCCUGCGCUGCCUCGUCCGCCAGGCCCGCGCCUACGCCGAGGCCGCCGCGGCUCCGGCCGCGGCCCCGGGACAGAUGUCCUUCACUUUCGCGUCACCCACGCAGGUGUUUUUCAACGGUGCGAACGUGCGGCAGGUGGAUGUCCCCACGCAGACGGGAGCCUUUGGCAUCCUUGCGGCGCACGUGCCCACCUUGCAGGUCCUGCGGCCCGGGCUGGUGGUUGUCCACGCCGAGGACGGCACCGUCUCCAAAUACUUCGUGAGCAGUGGCUCAGUCACGGUGAACGCUGAUUCCUCAGUGCAGUUGCUGGCUGAAGAGGCUGUGACACUAGACAUGCUGGACGUGGGGGCAGCCAAGAUGAAUCUGGAGAAGGCGCAUUCGGAGCUGUCGGGGGCAGCGGACGAGGCUUCCAGGGCUGAGAUCCAAAUCCGCAUCGAGGCCAACGAGGCCCUGGUGAAAGCUCUCGAGUAGGCGGUGCGUGGCCCUUGCCAGCAGGGAAACCGAGGCCCAUGUCCCUGGCAGGCUGGGCCAGCUCCCAUGGGUCCAGAGUGAUGGCGGGAGGCGGGAUGGGCGGAAGGUGAGCAAACCUCCAGAGGGAUGCGCCCCGUGCAGGGCGCGGUCUUGCCGACGCCGGCCUCCAGGGGGCAGCCCCGUUAAGCUUCCUGCCGGGAGCAGCCUCGUCAAACCCGGGAAGCUGAGGCUCCUUGCGGGGGUUGGGGCUGCUGACUGGGGCUGAGCUCAGAGACUUUGCUCUGCUUUUUUUGGGGGGGGGGGGUACUCCCACCGUGGGCUCACUGUCCACCUUCCAGCCCCUCGCUCCCCACCUGAUGCGCCCCUGCCAUCCCUCCGGCCCCGUAGACCCUGGCGUGGAGACCCACUCCCAGCCACUUCCAUGGGACAGCCUGUCCCCAACUCGAGCUUUCCAUUAAAAACCGGGGACCUGA